AUGGCUCUCGCCUUUGCAAAAGAAAAAGAAUGGGAGGCUUGUGAGGAUUGCUUGGCGUUGUUGAUUUUUGGAUUGGUUCUGUUUCCAAAUGAUGCUGAUUAUGUUGACCCCACCGCCAUCAACGUAUUUUGGGUUGUAAAAGUGUUGAACGUAGAUCCUACUCCAACUUUGCUGGCUGACGUGUAUUAUGCCAUCAAUGCACGUUAUGAAAAGGGAAGAGGUGCACUACGCUGUUGCAUUCCUUUGUUAUUUUCAUGGUUGGAUAUCAGAAAAAUUGCUUAUAAAUGUAGAACAUUUCCUAAUAUACCGUUGAUUGGAACAAGGGGGUGUAUCAACUAUAACCCCUCUUUGGCUUUACGUCAACUUGGGCAUCCUUUAGAAGAUAAACCUUCCGAAGAAGAGUUGAAACAAUUGUUGCUUCAUGACAUGGGUAAAAAGGAUCCAAAGAUACUUCAGAGUAUCAUUCGAGCUUGGGGUAAAGUGCAUAAAAAAGAGUAUAGUAAGAAUAAUGCUGUGGCCAGAGAAGCCUAUACUCAGUGGGUUAUAAACAGGGUCCAAAUCAACAAGUUACCAUUUGAUAUUGAUCCGGCGUAUAAGUCAGAUGUACCAGACCCGCUUCCUAUGUCAGUGGAAGAAGUGGAAGAACUAAAGGCCUCCCUUGAAAAAGCUCAGAGAGAAAAAGAUCGGCUAGAGCAUGAUCUCUAUGACCUUAAUUACGAGAAAAAUCAGCUACAAUAUGAGCUUAAGAAGAAAGAAGAACAAAUUCAAAAAAAUAACGAGCAGGUGGACAAAGAGAGGCUCAAAAGGAAGCGGGCAACUGAUGGAUUCAUAAGUGCAAACUUUAACCUCGAUUCCCACAAUCAACAAAUAAAAGAUGUUAAUCUGGAAAAUGAAAGACUAAGGGGUUGGUAUACCCAAGCAUUGAAAGACAAGAGAACAAUUGAAAUAGAUCUAGAAGCACAAAUCCAAGAGUUGGUUGGCAAAGCUCGAGAUCAAGAGGAUAAAAUCCAAGACCUCGCCACUAGACUUCGCAAAAGCCAAGAAUCUGAGAUGGGGGAACAGGUCUAUAGAAUGGAAAUUGAAGGGAGUUUUGAAGGAUAG